AUUACAUUGGUUCCUAUUUUAUUCCCAUAUAUUUGCCAAUCAUUCCAGGUGAGCCUGUUCAAUAUCGUGCACCCGGAGCUUCCUUUGGGCAAACGGGGCGAAACCUCGGCAUCCCGAACUCAGGCAGUUAGGGUUAAUUUGAGGCCACCGAUCUCGAAACCCGAAUUUUGAGAAGCAUACUCGGAACACCAAAAUCACAAAGCAUCGAAUCUACAGGGACAGAACGGAGAAGUAUAUAUUUGCGAAAGUAUUUUACGUCCUGAGACGACGGAAACCGCGUGAAUUUAAAUCUCCAAACGCCUGUCCAAAUCUUCCUCGAGUAAAUCUGAUAUCCAUCCUCAAAACACAAGUUGAGCGAAAAUCUCAACCGGAAACCUAAGCAAUUAUGCCUCUCACUGAGCUUGCCCUUCUUCAUCUUAAACCCACAAUCACUGUCGACAAUGCCGCUCUUCAGUCCUCCCUCCGAUCCGCAAAGCACGCUAUGGAAUCGUUCACUGGCUACCCAUUCCACUUCUUUACGCAGGUCGAAGACCCUUCUUAUAUUUACAUCAUCGGCAACUGGACCAGCCUCACCCAGCAUGUCGAUCAAUGGAUUCCCUCAGAAAAAAACCAGGCAUUGUUAGAAGCUUUAGAGAAUUUGCUUACCGUGGAGUGGAUGUUUCAUUUGGACAUUGACCAGCUGGCGACUAAGGAAGGUUCAGAAGGCAUCAUGCCAUUCUCAGCACCAAUAGUUGCGAUUGUGAGACAUUUCAUAGCCGCGGGGAAGAAGGAUAGUUUUGUGGCUACAUUCGAGAAGAAUAAGCAGUCCCUGGUCGAAUUCACGGCCCCGCAGCCAAUCUGUGGAGGGUGGAGGAUCGAUCGUGAACAGGAAUCUGGGAAGGAUGGUGCGGAGAAAGACGAGUUUGUAUUAUUCUCUGGGUGGCGCAAGAUUGCACAUCAUGUUGAUUUCGCGCAAACCGAACCAUUUGAGAGGUAUAAGGAAAUAAGGGACUAUCUAGCUGCUUUCGAGGUUAAGCAUGCAACAAGAUGGGAGAUAUAGGCGCGAUGCAGGGUAUAAUCAAGCAAAAGGAAAUGGCUGUUCUCGGCUAUCUGAUACAUGUGAACGCUUUGUGAAUGUGAUUCCAGAAACAAUACUGAAAUAAAAAAAAUUUUCCACAGAAAGCAAACAAGGCGAGCGAAAGAAAAAAAAA